CGCUCCGUGCGCGGGCGGCGCCCGGCGCUCCCGGCGCUCUGACGGCGGCUGGGCCGGUCAUGGAGCGGCUGCAGGUGGAGCCGGAGGCCCUGGAAGAGUACGCGGAGUACCGGCGAAUUGUAGGUGAUGAUGAUGGAGGAAAGCUCUUUACUCCUGAGGAAUAUGAGGAGUACAAAAGAAAAGUACUACCCAUUAGGUUACAGAACAGGUUGUAUGUGAGCUGGAGAUCACCAACUGGCAUGGACUGUAAGCUUGUGGGACCAGAGACACUGUGCUUUUGUACUCACCGGUAUAAACAACACAAAACGGACUAUGAAGUGCUUCCCAAAGAGCGUCCUAUUUGUGUGCCUUGUAGAGUGAGAUGUUGUCUGUGCCAGUCCUACCACUAUGUCCCUCUGAAUGGCACACAACCCAUCCGCUGUAGAUGCAAACACUUUGCUGACCAGCACAGUGCAGCACCUGGAUUUCCAUGUAACUCUUGUUCCAAGUGUUCAGGCUUUCAUAGUUGCUUUACCUGUGCAUGUGGUCAGCCAGCGUAUGCUCAUGAAACAGUUGUGGAAACCAAAGAGGAGCGCUUAGCCCAAGGAAAGCCUGUGGGGCAGGAUGUUCCUUAUGCUGCUAUGGGAGGACUGACUGGUUUCAGUUCACUAGCAGAAGGCUACAUGAGACUCGAUGACAGUGGAAUAGGUGCCCCUUCUGCUGAACUUUUAGAAGCUCCCAUUACCAGCAUGGAUCAUCCAUUUCUAAAAGCAUUUCAGGGGCCUUCUAGUUCCACUCAAACCAUCUCACAGAGAGCAGGUAGUUCAAGUGCUACAGGGCAAAUUUCUUAUGGAAAACCUUCAGAAGAAGAUGACAUGGCUUACUUUGAAAAACGUUAUCAAGAACGGCUGAAAAUGGAGAAAGCUGCUAAACGGAGAGGGAAAAGCCCACUGCCAUCAAAGAAGCCAUGAGAUUAAUAAAUAAAUAAAUAUUUAUUAUUUGGCACAGUG